AUGGCUCGCGAGGUUCCCAGGAAUGGGAAAAAUUCUGUAAUUGAGGAAUAUUACAGAGACGCCCAGAGAGGUCGAGAUGUCCGUACCAGUGAAUGUGGUGGACGAACCGGAGAAGGAGCGGCUUACGGGAGAAGCCGCAGAACCUCAGGUAUGGCACGAGGAGUUAAGAUUAUUAAGAAAGUGAGAGCGAUAAGCACGCAUGUAACAGUAGAAGUAGCUAAGCACAUGCGCACAAGUGAUCCCAAGCGCGAAGCCAUCGAAACGGUAUGUAGACAGCGGACUGACGAGGCUGUUGAAGAGCUGAAACAGCUGCAACAGCAAGUUAGACAGGGCGCAGAGCUAGAACAGUGGGUAGCCACUGUGAUGCUAAGUUUAGGUUGCAGCCAGCGCCACGAGUUUGUCGAAUCUCUUACGGAGUUAAUCAGAGUUUUCGAUGUGGUUCAGCAAGUAACAGUUGGAGAAGGGGGUAGAAUAGAUGACAUAGUGGAGAAAUGUCGUUCAGUUACAGCCCUCGAAAACCAACUUAUGAUGUUACAGGAGAAGCUGCGAUCGUACGAUGCGCAAUUGGCCGAGUUGCAAGCUCUACGAAAGCGCUGUGAGAACCAGGAAAAAGAGUUGGAAAAGCUCCGCCAGCACCAGCGCAGCCCUGUGGAUAUGGAAAUCGAUGGUGAAAAGCCAGGGAAGUCAGGUAAUAAGCGUACCGUUCCUAGUUUCGGCGAAGCUAUGCAAUAUUUGAACAGACUGCACAGUGGAUUGUUACAGCAUAAAGGUUCUUCUUUGCAGACUGGUGGACAAAGGCAUGCCAGCGAGCUGGAACUGAGGUCAGUGGACGCGAACUCGAGCUGCUCACAACCUGGCGCCCCGAAGAGGGAAACAGGUAGGCUAUCUUUUUGUACAGAUAGCGAUGUGAGCGAAUGUCAAAGUAGUAGGGGUAGGAGAGAAGUGGCAAGAGAAGGUGCGAGUGCCCAAAAAGGGGACGAUCCAGUAGCCCGCUACAUGAGACAUAUGACCCUACCCGAGGUCCAGCCAUACUCAGGGCAAGACUCGAACUAUGGAUUCGUGAGAUUCUUGGAGGACUUUCAGCUAAAGUACCCCAGAACAAAUUGGACAGAUGCUGAGUUGUGUACACUUUUCCGCUCCAAAUUGGUAGGAAAAGCGAGGACACUGUAUGAAAGCGCAUUACCCAGCUAUGAAAAGGAUGGUGGAUAUGAUGCGCUGAUAGAAGCUAUGAUGCGCGAAUGUAAGGCCGAACAGCGCACGAUUAAAGUAGUGGCUUUAGGAAGGCUAAAGAGGUUGAAGAAAAGGGAUGGUCAAACUGUUUCGGAUUUCUGUGUAGAGACCGGACUACUAGAGAACCUGACUCCAAAGAAAAGUAGGAAUGGCUCAGAACGCGUUCUCCGGUGUGUUACAAAUGUCGCGAAGCAGGACAUCUGGCUCGCGAAUGUAAGAAAACGAAAAUACCUUCCUAAACCAGGGUCUUCUCUGUCAACCAGAGUACGUGGAGGCUGUUGUAUAACUGCGGAAGAACGUGCUAGAGGAUCCUCCCAAAGGCCACAAACGGAGAAAAGCCCGUUGUUUGGUAAAAAGAUGACAGUGGAGCUAGAGCUACUAGGAAUAAAGGCUCGGGGGUUGCUCGACACUGGGUCAGAGAUAACUAUUCUGCCCGGUAAAGUGUUGUUACGGGCGAAACGAGCUGGAUUCGAUAUUGACCGAGCACUGGUGGAGCAUGAGAUUGACCAGACGAAACGGGUGUACGACGCGUCAGGUAGCGCGAUGCAGUUUGUCGCAGUUCUGGAGGUCCCCAUCCGUGACUGCUCCAGUGGACGUAAAGUUAGUGCGCUAGUUCAUGUUUCAAGGGUAAAGGAUGACAUGGUUAUCCUAGGCACUAACGUACUCCCAAUGUUCGGCUACCAGUUGACUCGGGAAGGAAGACCACUCGAUAACCCCACUAAAACGGAGACUGGUGCUUGGCUCCAAGAAGUGGUGCCGACGAUACCCAACCCUACGGUGGCGAAGGUAGCUCGGCGCGAGUACAUCGCGCCAGGAGCUAUGAGUUGGGUGCAAUUAACAGGCUGUGACAAAGAUGCAGAUUGGCUGCUAGACUCAGGUAUACAGCUGAUUCACAGUGGAGUGUGUCAUGUGAAGAAAGAUGGCCCAGUCGAAGUGCCUGUCAUAAACAGAUCGUCUGCACCCGUAGUACUCAAAGAAGGUGAACCAGUGGGACAGUGGAAGGAAUAUCAGACCGAGUGGAUAGAAGCCAGUGCGAAAGAUAUUCCCACUGACAUGCUUACACUAGAAACAAGGAGGCUGUCGGCUCAACAGAGGUUGAUGAAGCUAAAACAGUUCCUCAAGGAAAACCGCAAAGAGCGAAAGCUACCUGCGAGAGCAGCGAAGGAGUUCGAUGUCGUGGACGAGAUGAACUGCCUCCAUGGUUGCUUCCGAUGUCAAGGACAGCCUCUGCCGAUUCUGGAAGGAGUUCCUCAGCUGGAUGUAUCGAAAUGUCAUUGUAGUGCAUCCAUAGUUGCCGGAGAUUUGAUCAGUACUCUAGUUCAGCCGGCGGCAGCGCACCGUGUGGACUGCGCGUGCUUGGAGGGAGCGCGUGUUAUCGCGAUUUGGCAAGGGUGCGGGACCCUUAGUGAAGAAGAUCGCCUUGGAUGGAGGAUCUCGACAAGAACCACGUGGCAGGUGGCUAGAGAAGCUGUUGGUGCAGAACAUCGCAAGAUGGUCAUCGUGGUACCCGAUUGCCUCCAUCGUCUGAAACAGGUCGGAAGUCAGCUGCGGGACACCAAGAUCUUUUAUUAUAAACAGUUCCGCGACAUUCAUCUGAGGAAGACUGAGCUAUUCGAUGAUCAACUCGGUCACGUCAUCAUCGUCUUGCCUCCCACCGAACCUAAGCCAGGAAGUUGGUUGUCCCUAGUAGCGGCCCAAGCAAUGUGGCUGCAAUGCGGAUGUCGUGUUUACUUGGUAGCCGGACCUCGACCGCAGGACUUGAACUCGUGGUACAGAGUCGCGAUCCAAGCCAGAUCGCAUCUGAACGGAUUCCUGGAAGACCACAUGGAGCUGAUCCCGCAGGUGGUGGACAAGUUGGUUGCCGAAAACGGUCUCAUUGACCCGACAGCACCGUCCUAUGCGGUCGCAGUACUGGAUAACGAAACCUCAUGGCUGCCCGAGAGGCACGUGCGGCUCUUUUAUCAUUACCUAUCGCGGCACUUGGCGCAGAACGUCUCCCUCGAACCCUACCUUCGCAAGUCAGUGCCCGUCAAAGCACUUUUUUUGUGUCGACUGGAGAGCCGUCGAAAGCGACGGGAGGGCGUGGUCACCCCGCCGUGA